UUUUUGCGAUCCAGAUCUUUGAUCUUUGAUCUUUGAUCCAAACUCUCGGGGUUUAGUCCGUAAGAUCAUGAGUUCCUACGUGGCCCCUCGAGGACCCAGAAAUCGAGCUAUCUAUCUUGGAGUUGUGGGUUUAAGGCUGUUACUUAGUGAUAGUGUAGGGUGUAGUGUAGCAAGGAAGAAUGGCGCUGGUUGCCGGCGCGGGCGCGUCUAGAGCUCCUGCAUUGCAAGUGCUUGGCGAUGGAGGUGGAGGAGGAGGAGGAGCGAGCAGGGCGGCGCCCUGUUGGUUGCGUGCUUCUUUGCUCCAGCAGCAGCAUGGCUAUGGCUCCACCAGGGCUCCUCGAUUGGUCACAGCCGCGGAGGAGUGGAAGGUCUCGGCUGUGAGGACAGACUUCGCGCCUCGGAAGAGAGUGACUACCACUUGGGAAGACGAGCAAACGGAUGAGAGUGAGGAGGAGGAUGGUAAGAUUCUCUAUGUGGAUGAUAGCGAGUUGUCCCAGCACUCCAAUUCGGAGGAGGAGGAGGAAGAAGAGGAUGGUGUCCAAGGUGAGAGCAAGGCUGAUGAUGAGCUUGCGAUUGCCGGGCUGGGAGUUUCGCAGGAGAUUGUUGGCCACCUUGCGGACCGAGGCAUCACGCACUUGUUCCCGAUUCAACGAGCCGUGUUCCAACCAGCGAUGAAGGGCGUCGACCUCAUUGCUCGAGCGAAGACUGGCACAGGGAAAACUUUGGCAUUUGGAAUUCCCAUCAUGGAUCGCAUCUAUCGCUCGCGAAGCAAGUCUCAAAGGAGAUCUUUCAGAGGUCCGGCGGCCUUGGUGUUGGCUCCGACGAGGGAGCUUGCCAAGCAGGUGGAGACCGAGUUCAUGGAGUCGGGCAAAGAGCUUGCGACAGUCUGCGUCUAUGGCGGAGUUUCCAUCAUGUCUCAGAAGCGCUUGCUCUCUCGCGGUGUCGAUGUUGCAGUGGGAACUCCCGGCCGGAUCAUCGACUUGCUGGAGCAAGGAUGCCUGGAUCUCAGUCAAGUGGAGUGCAUGGUUCUGGACGAGGCGGACCAGAUGCUCGCCGUGGGCUUCGAGGAGGACGUGGAGAAGAUCAUGGAGCAGCUCCCAGAGAAGCGUCAAAACAUGCUCUUCUCCGCGACCAUGCCGGGCUGGGUCCAGAAGCUCUCGAGAAAGUUUCUAAACAAGCCGCUUACGAUCGACCUGGUUGGCGAGUCCGACGAGAAGCUUGCCGAGGGUAUCAAGUUGUAUGCUGUCCAGACUUCACAAGCUGCGAAACGCAAGAUCCUCAGCGACGUGAUCACGGUGUAUGGCAAGGGAGGCAAGACGAUUGUCUUCACGCAGACCAAACGGGAUGCUGAGGAAGUCUCCAUGGCAAUGAACAGAACUCUCGGUUGCGAGGCCUUGCACGGGGAUAUCGCACAGUUCCAAAGGGAGAAGACCUUGGCAGCUUUCCGAGAGGGGAGGUUCCUCAUCUUGGUCGCGACGGAUGUUGCUGCGCGAGGCCUGGACAUCACGGACGUAGACCUUAUCAUACACUACGACUUGCCACGGGACUCGGAGACGUUUGUCCACCGAUCUGGUCGAACUGGCCGGGCCGGCAAGGAUGGCAGCGCUCUGGUUUUCUUCUCUCCGCAAGAGAGGAGGAUCUUGAAACACUUUGAGCGACAAGUCGGCUGCAGCUUCCAGUUCAAGAGCAUGCCGCAUUUCGACGAGGUGCUCGCGGCGUCGUCCUCGCAAGCCGUGGAGCUCAUCAAAGGUGUCCAUCCGGAUCUCAAGCAAGUCUUCAUGGCCACGGCGGAGAAGCUCUUGGACGAGCAUGGGACGGCCGCGUUUGCAGCCGCGAUUGCUCAUAUGAGUGGCUUCAGCCAGCCACCCGAGCAGCGAUCUUUGAUCUCCCUCGAGGCGGGAUACAUGACUCUCAAGUUCUCCCGUGCUCCCGGGAACUUCCCGCUCGCUGUGCGGCACGUCGUGGGAGCCAUCGCUAGCCUGUCCGAGAAGGCCGCGGACAACAUUGGAAAAGUCCAGAUGAUCGACGAGAAAAAUGUUGAGGGUGCUGUUUUCGAUCUUCCGGAGCACAUAGCAACGGAUCUCCUCUCCAAGUCGAUGCCUUCCGGCACUAGGAUCGAGGCGAUCAAAGAGCUUCCAAGCCUCCAAGAUUCCUGGGACGAUGGCGGCCGGCGGAGCUACGGGAGCUCCUUUGGAGGCGACCGAGGAGGCGGCGGAAGAAGGCCAGCGUUUGGCCGGUUUGACGAUUCCAGAGGAGGAGGAAGAUACUCGAGCAAUGGUAGGAGUUUCUCUUCGUCGUCUCGAUUCGGCGAGUCGAGGAGCAGCAGUAGUAGAUCAUGGGGUGGCGGCGGUGGCGGCGGUGGAAAUUUUGAUGGAGCUUGCUACAAAUGCGGGCAAUCUGGCCACCGCGCGUUUGAAUGCAAGCAGCAGCGAGGAGGCUACUAGAAAGAUUUUCUUCUUCUUCUCUCUUCUGCGCAAGAACAAAGAGAAGAAACAAAGAGAAAGAACACAAGGAAGAACUUUGUUACGUAUAACAUUUUAAAAGCUUGGGAUAAA